AUGAUGGCUACAGGUACACUUAAUCAAUAUAUUCAAUAUGUUGAGCGAAUGUUUAGAACAGCUAAUGGAGAGAAUUUAGCUCGUCUUCUAUCGCUAAGGGAUGACCAUAUUAACAAUAGGAAUCUUCGAUCGAGUGAUAUUGCUUCUCUUGUAGAGGGAAACUGUGUUGCACCUUUGGAUGAGAUUAUAAUUUAUCACCUAUCCUGUGUCCAGGCAUUAUCAGUCAAAGAUUACAUAGAAGCUUAUCACCAACAGAGUUUGUGUGUUGCUGCCGUUGUAAGGUUACUACAAGCUCAAAAAGAGGAAAAUUGGAGUCUGUACCUUAUGUACACAGUUUGUUUAGAUUUGCGGCUAGUUGCUCAAAAGGCAGAAUUAUGUGAUCCACAAAGCAAUGGCAAAAUAUUAGAAAAGGCAGCAGAAAGCUUACUGGCAUGUUUUAGAGUAUGUGCUGCUGACAACAGAACUGCAGAUGAGGAUACAAAGAGAUUGGGAAUGUUGAACCUUGUCAAUCAGCUGCUUAAAGUCUAUUUUCGUAUAAAUAAACUUCAUCUCUGCAAACCUCUUAUUAGAGCGAUAGAUUCUUCACCAUUCAAAGAUCAAUUUCCACUAGCACAGCAAAUUACUUAUAGGUACUUUGUUGGACGGAAGGCCAUGUUCGAUUCAGAUUACAGAUCGGCAGAUGAAUAUUUGUCAUUUGCUUUUCAAAACUGCCACCAUGAAAGCAUUAAAAAUAAAAGGCUAAUCCUUACAUACUUGAUUCCAGUAAAAAUGCUGCUUGGUUUUAUGCCAGCUAAGCAUUUAUUACAUAAGUAUGAUUUGCUGCAAUUCUGGGAUCUGGUAUCGGCUGUGAAGAAUGGUGACCUCAGAGGUAUAGAUCAAGUUAUGGAGGAACAUGAAAGCUUCUUCAUAAAGGCUGGGAUAUAUUUGAUUGUGGAGAAACUUAAAAUAACUGCCUAUCGAAAUUUGUUUAGGAAAGUGUAUUUGGCUGAGAAUACACAUCAAAUUGAUAUCGCUAGUUUCCAAGCUGCACUUCAAAUAAUGGGCCAAGAAGAUGUAGAUUCCGAUGAGACACAGUGUAUAGUUGCUAAUUUAAUUUAUGAUGGGAAGAUCAAAGUAAGCUCCACCUUCUCAUUAUACGGCAUGGAGGCUGGAUGGAUGUCGCCAAUGUCCGUUGUCUUGAUGUCAGAUAAGUCGCCUCUCGGAUACUCCUUGUCAAACUCAGCCAUAUCCUGGUUGGCGAGCAUAGUUGCUUUUGUUGCGGCCUUUUUUGUACCAAUUUAUUCACAUCUAACCGACGAUUAUGGAAGGAAAUGGGUCAUUUUUGCGUCUACUAUACCACAGAUGAUAUCAGUUAUUCUAAGAAUAUUCUUUCCAAACAUAAUAGUGCUGGCGAUAGCGCGCGCAUUAUGUGGACUGUCUGCGAGUGGUUCUUUUACGCUGGUAUCGUUAUAUUUACGAGAAAUAAGCCAGCACAACGUCAUUGCGGCGAUCGGCUCGCUGCCUGUCUUAAUGCAGAACACAGGGGUUCUAAUAGUGUACCUGAUUGGGGCAUAUUUUGACUACUUCACCGUCCUUUGGAUUAUGUUGAGCGCGCCGAUUGUACUCGCAAUAUUAAUAUGGCAAAUCCCUGAGUCACCGGAAUUCCUCGUUAAGGAGGGCCUGAUGGAUAAGGCUCGCGAUACAGUAGCUUUCCUGAGAGGUUUGAAGCCGGAUGACGAACGAGUAAAGGCUGAGAUUGAGUUCUUAAAGCGAUUGGAAGAUCAGUUUGCACAUCUGCCUAAAACCAAUAUUUGCAUUAUAUUAAAAGACAAAGCGUGGCGACGUGGCUUUGUACUUAUCAUGAUAUUAUUCACGGUCCACGCGUGGAAUGGUGCAUUUGUAAUUGUGACCUAUGCCUCAACUAUUCUAUGCGUAGCAGAGCACGGACAUUUUACAUUUCUUCGUCCCGAGUUGCAGUCACUCAGCUUUCCUAUAGUAAUGAUCACAGCCUCCUUGUGCUUCGUGUUUAUAGCAGACAAGUGGGGAAGGCGGCAUUUACAAGCUGGUGCGUAUUCCAUCUCUGUAGUUGCGUUCACGACGCUCGGUGUAACCCUCUACAUUGAAGAUAUAUACCAGGAAGGUCCUAGUUGGCUUCAUCUUCUAUGUAUGACAGUCGCAGUUGCUAUGUACUCUGGUGGUAUACGACCACUGCCUUGUAUCAUCGCCACAGAAAUGUUCAGCUUUAAGAUCCGAGCAAAAGUGAUGGGUGUACUGAUCACGUACGGCUGGUUAGCUGUUUCAUUACAGCUCUUCUCUUAUGGACCCCUGGUAGAUGCGUUUGGUUUAUCCAUAGUGUUCCUUAUUUACGCUGCAGUUAAUGUCUUUGGGCUUAUAUUCGCUCUCCUCAUUCCGGAAACUAAGGGCAGAAACCCGGAACAGAUUAGGAAUAUUCUACUACAUAACACAACGAAGACCACUUCUUAG